AUGUUUCAAAAAACCCCAGAAAUAAACGUAAAAAGUGCUUUUUCGGCAUUGAAUGAAGAAAGUUCAAUGUCAAUCGACAACAAUGGAUAUAGCAGCGAGAUAAUAGCCCCACAAAACUUUAUUAAAUAUCAACUCACUUAUCGAACGAUUGCAUUAUACUUUUACAUCCUUCCCCAUUGCGUCACCUUUUAUGAGAAGAAAAAUGACGUGCUGGAGAGUUCUGAGCUGUUUCAAAGCUUGGCAUUAAAUUUUAGAACUAUAGUCUGUUAUAAAGUUCGCAAUUAA